AGGCCGUUUAUGCCGACAGCAAGGGCGGGGAUCGUGGAAGCAAGGCUCAGCACGAUCUGAGUAGGGAGAGAGAACAUUCAGAAGUGAAGAUCAAGAUUAGAAGACAACAAAGGAGUGUUGUCUAUUUGAGGAUAAGGAAGGGAUUGAAACCCUAGGCGAGAGAGAGGGGGAGAAAGUGAGUUUGUUGGAUCCGCUGCCACGGGAAGUUCACUUCUGGAAGGCUAGCACGUGGGUAAGAGCACUGUUUGUUACAGUAUUACGAAACCCAGAUGUCUUCUCCGAACCUUGAUGUUGAGAGAAGCCCUUCGGAAUGGGAAAAGCUAUUUCUGCAAGAGCGCGAAGAAGUGAUGUUUGAUCAGGCGGAGUAUGAGUUCGAGGACGAUGGAAACGUCGAAAAAGUAAUCUGGAACAGAAAACUGUCUCUUGACCAAGAUAUUAUGGAGCUGAUGAUGGCUUUUGAGUCUGCAAAACUUGACGGCUUCAUCACUGUCACCAACGGAAGCUAUGAAGAAAGUCUUUCCCCUGCCAUCAGUAACGACGCAACUUCGUGCAGCGAAGAUUUUCUCUCGCCUUUGCGCCUGCUCAAUAGGAGGAGAAGUCUACAUGGUCGAUCCCCAAGGCAAAAUAGAGCCUUGUCACUUUCUCUUCCACUUUACCUGGGGGCUUCAGAGGGGUCUUCGUACACCUCUCCUCUCAUUGCUGAAAUCCGGAAGGAGGAGUCGCCUUUCAACAUUUACAGGAAGUCGCCUGUUUCCAGAAAGUCUCUUCCUGCAGUUUUGGAAUUCUGAGGCGAAAGUUUGCUACAGGAGCAUUUCUAGUCAAGCUCACAGAAUUGUUUUCCAUCCAUAGAAAUUGUCUCUU